UGGCGGCGGCCAUAGAGUGACCGGACGGCGGAGGCGUCGGGAUCCCGCUGCGGCCCGGAGAGGGAACGAUGAAGUGAUGGAUCAUGACGCUCCGACCAUCAGGCCCCGCAGAAUCCAGAACCAGAAUGUCAUCCACCGCCUGGAGCGCCGAAGGAUCAGCUCUGGUAAGGCCGGCACCCACUGGCACCAGGUCCGGGUCUUCCACCAGAAUGUCUUCCCCAACUUUACUGUGGUCAACGUUGAGAAGCCGCCCUGCUUCCUGCGCAAGUUCUCCCCCGAUGGGCGCUACUUCAUCGCUUUCUCCUCGGACCAGACCUCCCUGGAGAUCUACGAGUAUCAGGGCUGCCAGGCAGCAGAGGAUCUCCUGCAGGGUUAUGAGGGAGAGAUCUUGGCCAAUGGCAACGACCAAAGAUCUGUCAAUAUCCGUGGGCGGCUCUUUGAACGUUUCUUCGUCUUGCUUCAUAUCACCAACGUGGCCUCCAAUGGUGAGCACUUGAACCGCGAGUGCAGUUUGUUCACAGAUGACUGUCGCUAUGUAAUUGUGGGCUCUGCUGCCUACCUGCCCGAGGAACCUCACCCCCCAUUUUUUGAGGUUUAUCGCAACAGUGAGUCGGUGACCCCAAAUCCCAGGUCCCCUUUGGAGGACUAUUCUCUGCAUAUCAUAGAUCUUCACACAGGUAGACUGUGUGACACAAGGACAUUCAAAUGUGACAAAGUCAUCUUGUCUCACAACCAGGGCCUAUACCUGUAUAAGAAUAUCUUGGCUAUUCUCUCUGUGCAGCAGCAGACUAUUCAUGUCUUUCAAGUGACACCUGAGGGCACAUUCAUUGAUGUACGGACUAUAGGUCGCUUCUGCUAUGAGGAUGAUCUCCUGACCCUCUCCGCUGUCUAUCCAGAAGUGCAGCGAGACACUCAGACAGGGAUGGCAAACCCGUACAAAGAGCCCUUCAUAAAUUCUCUGAAACACAGACUGUUGGUGUACCUGUGGAGGAGGGCAGAGCAGGAUGGGAGUGCAAUGGCAAAACGGAGGUUCUUCCAGUACUUUGAUCAGUUGAGGCAGCUGCGCAUGUGGAAAAUGCAGCUGUUGGAUGAGAGCCAUCUGUUUAUUAAAUACACCAGUGAAGAUGUGGUCACGUUGCGGGUGACAGACCCUUCACAGCCUUCAUUCUUUGUUGUGUACAACAUGGUGACCACAGAGGUUAUUGCUGUGUUUGAGAACACUUCGGAUGAGCUACUGGAGCUCUUUGAGAACUUCUGUGACCUCUUCAGGAAUGCCACCCUGCACAGCGAGGCUGUCCAAUUUCCCUGCUCAGCUUCCAGUAACAACUUUGCCAGACAGAUCCAGCGCCGGUUUAAGGACACUAUUGUGAAUGCAAAGUAUGGAGGGCACACAGAGGCUGUGCGGAGGCUGCUGGGUCAGCUCCCAAUCAGCGCUCAGUCUUACAGCGGCAGCCCUUACCUUGACCUCUCCCUCUUCAGUUAUGAUGACAAGUGGGUGUCAGUCAUGGAACGGCCAAAGACGUGUGGAGAUCACCCCAUCAGAUUUUAUGCCCGGGAUUCUGGCCUUCUGAAGUUUGAAAUCCAAGCAGGACUCUUGGGCCGACCCAUCAAUCACACAGUACGACGCCUGGUUGCAUUCACCUUUCACCCCUUUGAGCCCUUUGCCAUCUCGGUGCAGCGGACUAAUGCAGAAUACGUUGUUAAUUUCCACAUGAGGCACAGCUGCACAUAGUACAAUCCUGGGCUGGGGCAGCUGUUGCCAUCAUGGACACACCAAAGCCGGACACUCAUGCCUUCUAGGAAACCAAACCAUUGCUCACCUACGGAACCUGACCUGGAAGCCCUAACCAACCAGCAUUGUUCCCCAGCGUCUGCAGCUGGCACUCGCAAGCCAUUGAAAGAGAAUCCCGUUGUGCUUCUAAAGAAGCCAUCUUGAUUGGAGAUUAGUCUUAUGAUAAUUUCUUUCUAUAGAUAUCCAGUUCAUAUUGCCAAAGCCCCUUGUUGCAUUAAACCCUGUCUUUCCCCACACCUAUUGGUGAACA